AUGGAGGGCCACGCGAAAUACGAGUUCAAGGACAACCUAGUCAUAAAUAUCAUCCGGACGAACGAUGUGAAGAGGCGCUUCUACAGCUACACGGAGUACGUGCUGGAGUUCAAGGCGCUGAACAGCCAGAAGGUGCUGAAGAAGAGAUUUUCGGACUUCGUGACGUUUUACGAGCAGCUGAAAAAUGAACUGCUGGAGAAGUUUAGCGAGUACCUGGAGAAGAUCUCCGUUUUGCCGUCGAAGAAGGUGUUCGGCCGAUUGAACUAUAACUUUGUGGAGGAGAGGAGACACCAGCUGGAGCUGUUCCUGAAGCGAAUCUCGAGCCACAAGAGCGUGUACCUGUGCGACCGGUUCUACGACUUCCUGUGCCUGGACAACAUCACCAAGUGCCUGUUCAAGCUGAUGUGCACGGAGACGAGCGACCUAGUCAACCUGCAGAAGUUGCUGAAGAAGACGAAUUACAUUUUGUUCCUGUCCAGGAGCAACACGCUCAAGAGCGCCGAAUGUGAUUUGGUAAACUUCCUUUUCCACUUGAAGAAGAACCUGCAGCUGAACAACGAAAUUAAGUUUUUCAUUUUAAACAUUUUUUUGCACCACCUGACGUACACCAAGACCCCCGAGAAUUUGCUCAACGUCCCCCUCAUGAAGUUCGCCUUCGAGAUCAUCCACGACCACUUGUCGGGCGACAACAUCAACGAGGUGCUGCUGAAGACGGCCUCCGAAACGAUCCUGCGAAUCGUCGACAAGAAGAACGACGUCUUCCUGGAGUACCUGCAGGUGUACAGCUUUAAGGAAAUCUGCUCCAUUUUUAGCAUCCUGAGCAGGAGGAAGAGGCAGAGGAAGGAGGGGGAGAAGAAGUCGACGGGGAAGAAGGCGACCGGGAAGACGUCGAUGGAGAGCAAGCAGAGGGAGAGCAAAACAGACAACAUCACCUUCAACGUCUACAUCCUGAUGUCGCUCCUGCUCCUCUCCUCCAUCCACCUGAACGAAAUUCAAAACUACUUCUCCGUGAACAGCAAAACCAACAAGGGGAUUGUCAUCCUGGGCUUCAUGUACGACAGCAAGAACAUUAACAUUCAGGUGAUUUGCUGCAUCAUCUUGUCCCUGCUGCUGAUGAACAAUAAGAUAAACGAUGAGGAGGUGGUGCAGAAGACGAAGAUGUCCAUCCUGCUGAUUCAGAAGGAGAUUCAGAAUUUGAAGGAGGUGGACUACCAGCUGAUCGAAAUCAUUUGCAGCAAGAAGAACAUCAGCUUGCUCAACACCAUUUUGGUGGCCCUCCUGCGGGGCAAGCGCGUCGCCCGCCAGAUCGUCCUGGGGGGGGUUAGCGGCGUUGACUGUGCUAGCGGCAUUGGCCUUGCUGACCACCCCGAUGGCGCUAACCGCCCCGACGGCGCGGAGGGGGACCCCCUCGAGAAGGACCCCUUCUACGAGCAGAAGGUGAAGCACGCGGACUUCUCCAACAACGACAUCAUCCUGCAGUUCAUCCUCUUCAUCAUAAACAUCGGCAUUAGCGAGUUCUUCCUCCUGAAGAGGAACUACAAGCACAGGAUGAGGGUGAAGGAGCUCAAGUUGAAGCUGAAGAAGCAGCAGCUCAGGGCGGAGAGGCAGCGAAGGAGGAGGGAGAAGAAGGAGCAAGCACUGCUCAUGCUCAAGGAUGAGGCGAAUGCCGGUGGGCGCCGACUCCAGGGAGAGGCUACUGCGAAGGAGGGAGAGCAGCCCCCCUACCACCGUGAUGAACAAAGGGAAGAGACCAAGAGGGUGUAUAACUACGACAUUGAGAGUGUAGACGAGGACUGCACCUAUAGGAGAGAGUACGUUCCGUAUGAUUACUCUGCAGGGAGGGAAACCUCUCCAAGGAAAGGAAGGAGACGAAGGAAAGGAAGAGGCGCGCACACGGGCAGGGAUGUACCCCACCAGGGAUUCACCUCCGGGAGGAGCGAGCAGGGCGGCACUGAUGGGGUGAGCGACUUUGAGGAGGGAGAGGACGAGCAGUCGAGUGAAGGCGGCCACUUGGAUGGAGAUGGCGAUGAGGAUGAGGAUGAGGCCACGGAGGGGGAGAGCCGUACGGACGGCACGGAUGACACGGAUGAAACGGACGACUCUGGUAGCAGCGACGGCGAGGAGGAUUCCCUCCGUGACGAAGGGGAAGACGCGGGGCAUCGCUUCUCGCGCGAGCAGUCGCAGGCGAGGAGGGGGGCCGCUGAGAAGGGCGAGGCGGAGGACACGGCCUCCACGGCCAGCUCGUGCGUCUCGUCGCUGUAUUCGUUUUCGAGCGACUGGAGUAGUGGCGGCGAGAGGGAGGACAGCGUGGGAGGCAGCCGUCUGGGGGAGAGCCGCGCUGGGGAGAGUCGCACAGGGGAAAGCCGCGCUGGGGAUAGCCGCUUUCCUGGGGAGAACCGCUUUCCUGGGGAGAGCCGCCUUCCUGGGGAGAACCGCUUUCCUGGGGAGAACCGCUUUCCUGGGGAGAACCGCUUUCCUGGGGAGAGGCGAGCGCCCCCGAUCGACAUAGACAUGAGCGCGGUGAAGGACGUGACGUACGAAGAGGACUUCAGCGUGGACUCGGGGAGCAUCAAAGAUGACGUUGAGUACCUGGAGGGGGAGCAUCGACGGAAGGGGUCCUCGCGAAAGGGCAGAGGGGGUAGAAGCGGGGGGAGGCGAAGGGGAAGGCAAGGCGAAGCGUCAAAUGCGGAGAGAGAGCAGGGAGAGGAGGCAGAACAGGGAGGGGAAGAGACGGGGGGAGAAACCGCCGCGAAGGACUCCGACCAAGUGGAGGCAGACCAAGUGGAAGCCAUCAAAGAGGACAUCCGAGCGCUGAAAGAUGCCAGGAAAACAUUUGUAAAACGGAUCAGAAGAAUCAACGAACAGAUCUUGCUAAUCUUAUGCAACGAGAAUAUGGUGCAGAGCAUAUUCAAGUGCGCUAAUUUAGAGAAUGAAAGGAUUCGAGUGUAUGCCUGUUUGAUUCUGUCGUACGUGCCCAACCUGAGUGAGGUGGUGGCCAGUUCGUCCGUGACGCCAGGUGGGACAGGCGGGAGUGGGGGGUACCUGAAGGUGUUCAGCGAGGACGGGCUGGGUGCGAGCACGAACAGCAGCUUCCACAACGAGGGCCCGGGGAUGGCCGCGCCGCUUCCGGAGAUUCACCUGGGGGAGUUCUCCCCGAGCGAGAGGGUCGGCGGGGCAGCAAUGAGGCAGCCACACGUUGGGCAGCCACAUGGAGGGCAACCGCACGGAGCACCCCCCGGGGAGGGAGAGGACAUCUGCGUGGUGGUGAGCCCCAGCGUGAUUCUGGCGAAGAAGAACAACAAGAACUUCGUGUGCAGCGUCGAGGGGGACUACUAUAACUACAUCUACCGGUUCGAAAUCGUGAGCACCCUGCUGAGGUACCUCUUCAGCGAGACCUCCUUCUACGAGAACAUCCUGCAGCACGUGAGGAAGUUCGUCGAGGGGCACCGGCACCUGCUGCAUUUGAACAACUUUAAGAUAAAGCAGAGGGAGAUGCUUCAGGUCGUUUCGCUUCUGGGCGCGCGGGGGGGCAGGAGGAAGAAGGGGGGGCGUAAGGGGGAGCGGCGUAGUGGAAGGGGCAGCAGUGGAAAGGCCCGUGGGAAUGACGUGAACCUGCGGAAAGGCCGCGGCGCGAGCGAUAGCGAGGGGGGCCAAGUGAAGGGGAGGAUGGGUAGCCCCUCGAAGGUGGGAGUGGCGUCCUCAUUAGGGGUGGCGUCCUCAUCAGGGGUAGCCUCCCCCUCAGCCGGAGAUGCCGCUUGCACUGAGGGUGGCGCCCUGGUGCGGCAUGAGCGGAGCGAAGAGGAGAACAGGAAGAAGUACCAGUGCGUGCCGUACGAGCCGUCCCAAAUACACAGCCACAUGGACCACGUGUUCGAUUACGUGACGAAUUUGAGGAAGCUCGGAGUGAUGAACAACCUCAUCGUAGAGCUGUAUAGCAACUUGAUGAAGAAGGUCAGCAGAGUAGACGUGCAGUUCCUGUUUGACACGCUGAAGAAGAAGGCCCAGCAGAGGGAGCACCUACGAAGAGACAUCUUCAAUUUGAAAGAAAAAUAUGAAUAUGUUAAUGUAACUUAUAAUGAGUAUAUUAACCUGCAGUACGAGACGAACAAGCAGAUGGGGGUGAUGAACAAGCUCUUGGAGGAGUUAGAUGAGAUCGAAAGGAGGAGGAGGAAAGUGGCCAGGAACCACAAAGCGGUUCAUACGAAUGUGUGCAGCUAUAGGAAGAAGCUAAUUCAUGUAGAAAAAAUGAUAGAGGAAAGUCCUUCAAUAAAGAAGUGCCUCCACGAGGAGAUGAACAGAAUAAAGAGAAACGUAGGUCUCUAUAAAAAAGACAAAAAAAAAAUUUACCUCCUCAUCCUCAUCAACAAGUGUUGUCUCGACGACUUCAACGUGGUCAGUAGUAAGUUGAAAUGCUUUAACACUUCUGUAGCCAAUUUGGAGCUCCUUUUCAACGAAUUUGAGAGGAAUGGAAGUCUCAUCGUGAGUGAGCUCUGCUACCUCAUUUGCAACGACUUGAUUUUGGUGCAACUGCUGGGGGACCACCUCCCCAUCAAGGUGCAUAAUGCUAAUUUGCCUCAUCUGAUUGCUCGUGCCAACUGUGUGAGCAGCUUCAACCAGAGCAAUACCCUCAGCGAGAGGAAGCUGCUCAUUGUGAAUAGGGGCAGUGGAGGGGGGUCUCCUGCGGACAAGAGUAGCAUCCUCCAGUUUGCUGCCUCCAACGAUUUGGUGGGUGACGAUGAUGGCGACUACGCCUACUACGACGCGCGGGAUGGACGGCGCCUCUCUCGGGGGGGUGGCCCCCUUUCGCAGAGAGGACAUCACUCUGGAAAUGUGAACCUUAUGGCUGAACACUCUCUGCAGAGCAGCGAUAGCGAGGGGGGACACGUGCAUACAGGUCAGUUCGACCGGAGGAAGGCGGGGAAGAUUUCCCAACAGAACAGGGGCCGCGCCCUCGGCAGCGAUGAGGAGGAGGUCCCGUACCCCCCCGAGGGGAGCGAGUUGGACGGGUCGAGCGCCAAGCGGGGCGGCGCGCUGCCGAUGAGUGCCCUCUACGACGACGAGGACCUCAUGGGCGCGCUGCGCUACGGGCAGGCGGCCUCCCGCGUUGGCGGGGUUAGCGGCAUUGGCGGGGUAGGCGCUGCUGACCGGGUCGACCGCCAUGACCGCCUGGACCGCCCCGACCGAGGCGAGUUCCCCAGGUACAACGACCUAGCCAGGGAGCAGCUCCGCCGGCAGGGACACCCUGGAAGGAGCGAGCACACCUACGAGGAUGACGAAGACGACGGGGCGGAUGGCAUGAUGAGCGAGUUCCAAGACAUGCACUCGGUGACCAACCCGGAGAGGAAGCACCUGGGAGAAGAGGACCAACCCAACGCCGAAGAAUUAGACGAUUUCGUAGACACCGAAUUUGUCUCUAGUGAUGAGGAGGAUGCAGAGCUGAAGGGGAAGAUACGCCAGUACAACAGCUUCAAAAAUAAGGAGGUCAAGGGGGUCCUACCAGAGGAAGUAACAAUCGACAGUGAGUCCCUCACGAGAGAGGUCUUCGAGGAGGUUCUUCAAAUCAUCAAGGCCAGGAAGAAGCAACUCGAAAGCGUCAUGUCAAAUGAGAACAACCAGGUUUAUAAGAACAUCCACAGGUAUAACACCCUCCUCAACAGGUGCAACACGCAGAUCGAAGCGCACAAGAAGCUCUAUGCGAAGGUUACCCAGCAGAUCGCAAACAUCAACACCAGCUCCAUGGUGAAGAAGUCCGAGGCGAUUUACAAGGCAAUCAGAGAAUGGGACGACAAGGUGAACCUGCUGAACGAAGAAGUGAAGAUGGUGGAAGGCGAGAAGAAGGAGAAGCAGAAGGAAAUCGCGCUGCACAAGAAGAAGCUGGACAAGAAGGAGAAGGAGAAAAACCAGAAGAAGGAGGAGCUUCGUCUUUUGGUGACUGACAUGUAUAAGCAUAACAACCAAAUAAAGAAGCGAUUCAAGAGGGAGCAGAAGAUCCUCCUCCUCGUGCUGUACAAUUCCUGGUUCAUGUACCACUACAUCUACCUCAUCUACCUUAAUACUCUCAAACUGAAAAACUACCUGGCCUACAAGCACAGCAUCAGCGAGGAAUGCCAGGCCUCCGCCAAGCAGACCAUCUCCAACAUCAGCCAGUUUUCCGAGCUCCUCGACGAAAAUGACUACUGA